UUGCAUUGAUAAUAUAUACUCCAAUAACUUUUAGCGACCGACAUAAAUAAGCUGACCUUACCAAGGCAAGUCUUUGGACAUGCCAAGGACCUUGUCUACUGGAACGCUCUAAUUUAUCCGACUUACAACGCGAAGGUGGCGCCCGGACGAUGGCCCAUUUCAUUUUGUUUUAAUUUCGUACCAGCAAGAAGAUCAAAUCGAUUUACAUGUAUCUUACGAAUAGAUGUCUUCACAAAAUGACAGUCAACAGUAUCUUCGGCCAAAGGAAACCUCAUGUUUCAUCGAUUUGUGGUUUAACUUAAUAACUUCGACAACGAUUCUUGCUUUGACAUCUCUUAACAUUUCAUAAACAUCAGGGACAGAAGUCUGAACAGUAAGAUGGACAGGGCGGUACAAUUGUUAUUCUCUACAAUAUUCCUCAUGACAAGUAUUCACAGUUCAUGCGGACUGAAUGGAACCGUGAUAAGAUCGCCGAAUUUUCCAAACCCUUAUCCUUCCGAUAGCUGUGAGAGUUGGACGAUUGCCACUACUUCAGGAAAACAGAUUUUGAUAGUCGUCAAGACAUUGGUUUUGGAGGAACUGUGGGAUACUCUCACCAUCAACCAUACCUCCCCCGACCUCCAGGCACCCUUCACAUCUCGUAUUCGUAGAGGGGUCGAGGGGUUCGCCUUCGCAGGUGUUGGGGUGACCAAUAUUUCGUUCUGCAGUGAUACCAGACGAGAAUUUACCGGCUUUGAACUUGAAUAUAUCAUCUCAGAAAUCAAAAAUGACUCGUUGGCUCAACUCAGAACAUUGAUAGGGAAACCUACAUACACAUGCCGAUCUCAGAUGCAACUUGUCGCAGCCGACGCUCAGUGUAACGGUGUCUUCGAUUGCGCAGAUUAUUCAGAUGACGUAGAAUGCUACGAUGAGGUUUUUGGCGGGAUGUGUGGGCCAGGCUACUACCAAUGUGAGGGGUUGGUAGAAGAGUUGUGUUUAUCAUCAGACCGAGUUUGUGAUGGCUGGGAUGAUUGCCCACUGGGAGAUGAUGAAAACAAUUGCGAAACCUUGAUGUGUCCCUCGAACUGUUCCUGCGGCGAAUCGGCUUUCUACGGACGGUUUGGCCCAGACCAGCCACAAUGCAACAAUCCAAAUUGGUUGCCAUUCUGGGUAAAUUGUACCAGCGGUUGGAAUAAUGAAUAUACAAUAAAUACAGCUCCUAAGACAAUAAUGUUAAAUCUAAACGGAGCACCGAUCAAAGAUUUACAGCCUGGUACUUUCCAUGGGCUAGAGAAUGUGCAAACAUUGGACGUAUCAUCAGCUCAAUUAAAAAGGUUCCCACCAGGAAUCUUUGUUGGAAUGCAUCGACUUGUUAAAAUAAUUGCAGAGAAUAAUAGCUUGACGUACUUGGAAAGAAAUGCAUUUCAAGGACUCUACCACUUACGGCUCCUGUACUUAGAUUUCAAUCAUAUAGCCAGACUCGAUGAAGGAUGCUUUUUAGAUCUCCACAGUCUAUUUUUCAUAGGGCUUGAUAACAAUGCUCUUGGAAACUUUCGACCUGGUGCCUUUAAAGAUCUCGGAGGUUCACUAGAACGAUUAGUUAUACCAGACAACAACAUAACAUCAGUCAAUUCAAGUAUGUUUGACGGCAUCAGAGAGAAUCUAUUACUUCUGAGUCUUGAGAAUAAUCCCGUGUCAACGAUCGCUCCAGGUACAUUUAUCAACUUGAGCAGUGUCACUGAUUUAUAUCUCCUCCUGCGCCCAGAAAUUCCUCUGACAUUAUAUCCUGAAUUCUAUGAUGGGUUGGAAAGUCUGACAACAGUGUUUGCUUAUGACCCAAGGAUAUGCUGCAUCGUCCCAUCGAAUGUUAAGUGUAAUCUUCGAGAACCAUCAGAACCGCUCUUCACCUGCCGCAUGACGUUCCUCCACAACAGCGCCAUCAAAAUCUUCACCUGGUUUCUUGCCUUCGCUUCUUUAUUUGGGAACGUCUACGUAUUCGUGAGUCGAAUAACCACGAAACACACAAACUCAGUUGCUCAAAUACAGUCCAUCUUUAUCGCCAACCUAGCCAUAUCCGAUUUUCUGAUGGGAGUCUACCUGUUGAUUCUGGCAAUCGCCGAUGCGCACAUUGGGGAAACCUACUUCUGGGAAGGACUGGCUCAAGAUUGGCGCAGGAGCCCGAUGUGUCGCUUUGCAGGAUUCCUCUCGUUCUUGAGCAGUGAGACAUCGGUCUUCCUCAUCGUACUUAUCAGCGUUGAUCGUUUUAUCUGUAUUGUCUUCACAUUCUCCAAGAGAAGACUCACCGUCUUCUCUGCUCGGGUCUGUACAGGAGUCAUCUGGGUGGUGUCCAUAAUCCUCAGUGUGGUGUCUGUGUUGCUGGCUGUUCUAGACCCUGAUUCUUAUGACCUCAGCGAUGUAUGUGUCGGUCUACCUCUGAUUCGAAAGAACGUCAAUCUCCAGUCGACCGUUGACCCCGACACGCUAAACAGCAUCGGCAUCGAGGUCAAUAAGAUAGUCGCUGCGUCAUCGGCGUCCACAUGGCAGUAUUCCGUCGCCAUCUUUCUCGGCGUCAACUUCAUUUGCUUCACCAUUAUCCUGAUCGCGUACGUGGCGAUUUUUAUUACGGUUCGCUUCAGCAGCUCCGCCGUCGGCCGAAAGGGUUAUUCAUCCAAGGAAAUCAGGAUGGCGUUAAAACUCUCCUUCAUUGUCGCCACCGAUUUCUUUUGUUGGAUGCCCAUUGUCAUCCUCGGCAUCAUCGUCCAAGUCGACGAUGUGUAUAUAUCACCCGAUGUCUAUGCCUGGCUUGUAGCCCUUGUCCUCCCAAUCAAUUCAGCAAUCAACCCUUAUCUCUACACCAUCGUGGAUAGGUACAGGUCUUCUUUGAAGGUCAAGUCUUCUAUUUAUUCUUCAGGUCCGGCACUCAAAGGUUCGAUUCCAAGUAGAUAGAGUCUUCUGAAGACAUUUGAGUUCUAUUUUCAUACGUUUAUUUCUGUUUGAAAGUUGAUAAAUGUUAUUUAUAGAUUUAAAUUCCAAUUCAUAUACUUAACGUGAUCAUCAAAAUUAUUAGAUUCUUGUUUUGUUUGGAUUUUUCUACAAAUAGUCUCGCUCAUUACUUGAUAUGAUAAACAUGUAGGUCCAUGGCUUAAGCAAGGGUGACAUCAUUGCGGGUAUGGGUAUACUUGUUUUCUGUAGUGUCUGUUUUGUUUUUUGUUGUUCUGUCCUGUCUUGUCCUCCUAGGUACACUGUCUUUGUUUUGUUUUGUGUUUUUUUUUUCUCUGUUAAUAUUCCCUCUUGUCUUGUUAAAUUUAACUUACAUACAAUAUUUGAAUCGUUAUAUAUUUUUGUACCAUGGGUUUGAAUAUAUUGUCUUGAUUGUAUUACUUUUUGUAUAGUGUAUAAACAUACGAAGCUUGACCCCAUUAGUAUUCUUGAAAUAUUCUAUUGAACAUUGUUCAUUUCUAUUUGAAUUGAUAAUUUUAAUCAGUUAUUUAUUUCAGGGGACUCACAUAAACAAGCGAGGCUUUCCAGUGAAUUCCUCAUUUCUGUUAUUCAUAUUCUGUAUCAAAGGCGUCGAUCCUGGAGGGGGGGCAGGGGGGGGGGCGAUCGCC